UUCGAUUAUGCUGUUGUGCCUGCGACAACCAGUUUAACCAGUUCUCAACAAAAACGGUGUUUUUUUCUUUCGUACGAGGCGGAUUUAAGCUUCACCGCGACCGACUCCAGCUGCUUUCACAGUCACGACCGCUUAUAACCUGUAGUCAACGAUGAAUCCCGAAUAUGACUAUUUAUUCAAACUGCUCCUGAUCGGUGACUCUGGUGUCGGAAAGUCUUGUCUUCUUCUCCGGUUUGCAGAUGACACGUACACAGAGAGCUAUAUUAGUACCAUUGGUGUGGACUUCAAGAUCAGGACCAUCGAGCUGGACGGGAAGACCAUAAAGCUGCAGAUAUGGGACACGGCCGGUCAGGAACGUUUCCGCACCAUCACGUCCAGUUACUACAGAGGAGCUCAUGGCAUCAUAGUAGUUUACGAUGUGACGGAUCAGGAGUCCUUCAAUAAUGUCAAACAGUGGCUACAGGAGAUCGACCGCUACGCCAGCGAGAACGUCAACAAGCUGCUAGUAGGCAACAAGUGUGACCUGACAACGAAGAAGGUUGUGGAUUACACCACAGCUAAGGAAUUUGCCGACAACUUGGGGAUCCCCUUCCUGGAGACCAGCGCCAAGAGCGCCACCAACGUGGAGCAAGCCUUCAUGACCAUGGCGGCCGAGAUCAAGAAGAGGAUGGGACCCGGGGCCACCGCCGGCGCCUCGGAGAAGUCCAACGUCAAGAUCCAGAGCAAGCCGGUCAACACCUCGUCCGGAGGCUGCUGCUGAGACCCGAACACUGCCACGACCUGAAUCCACCCCCGAGCCCACGACCAGUCUCAAUGUUACCAUGCUCCACAGGGAAAGACCACCAGAGGGAGAGAGAGAGAGAGAGAGAGAGAGAGAGAGGGAGAGAGAGAGAGAGAGAGAGAGAGAGAGAGGGAGAGAGAGAGAGAGGGAGAGAGAGAGAGAGAGGGAGAGGGAGAGAGAGAGAGGGAGAGAGAGACAGGAGGAAGACUUUGAGGGGACCGGUUUGUAAUUGUGUGUGCAGCUACAACACCAGAUUCCCACCCCACCCUUUCCAAGUCAGCAAUAGGACGGUAAGCCCCUCCAUACCCACAGAACACACUCAUACUGGAAACACACCGUUUUUAACAGUGUGUGAAGUUAACCAAUGAAAACAUGACACAUUCACCACUUUUCUUCUUUGUUUUGUUUGCCCUGCUCUUCCUCUGAGUUUGUUUAGUCACUUUUCUAAACCUGAAAAAUAAACAGGAAGUCCUUAUUUAGCUGUGGAUAACAGCACGACUUUGGCCUGAAUCUCCUCAGACUUAAUGUGAAUUGGUAAACACUUCAAAUGAAGCACAUGCUUAAACCAGCAUCAUGCAUGUUAGAACUGAUCACAUGCUCCCUCAGCUGCAUCUGGAAUUCAGUCAUGAAGCCGGCGGCUUCCUGCCCAAACCACACCCAGGAAACGCUGCGUUAACGUCACCUGCUCCACCUUCACAGUGUCGCCCCUGACAACCAUGUGCCAGUGCCUUCGUGGCAGGAGAUUACACGACAUUAUGCCUCCGGUGCUCUUGUGUUGUUGGCAUAUUCCCCUCAUGUGCCCACAGUGGUGAUUUCUUAAAGAACCCACGUUGUAUGAUAGCAGUUAACAUUCCUGUAUAUGUAUAUAUCUCUGUGUUAGGCUCUGUGUGUGCUCUGCUGGUGUUCAUCAUACAAUAAGCAUGUGCUACAUUGGGAGAUGUGACGUCGGCCGUGUGUAUUUCUCUGCUAAUGUUUCUCAACCAACAGCACAAACACAACAGGAGAAUCUCCACCUGCUCCAGAAGGAUCUACAAACUGUAUAUAUUUAUACAUAAAUGUAAGAAGUGAUUUGCGGAGUGUGUAGAGAAGCAGGCGACGCGAAUGACAUGAUACAUAGCUGGAGUUAGUAAUCUCGGCACGUGAUUUGUGGCUGCGGACAUAACAUUUUGUGGCACAAUGUCUACUAUUAAAAGAAUGAAGGAGAUCUU